AUGCCUCUUUCAGAUCUUUCAAACUCAGGUUGGUGUGAAUUGGCGUAUUGGGAGCUAAAUGAGCGUGUUGGAUCUCGUGUGCCAGUUGAAGAUGCUGCAGUUGAUGUCUUCAGCGAACAGACACGUGGUGCUGGUCUUUGUAUCAAAACUUUAGCACAACAACGUUCAACACGAACGCCUGACUCAGUAUUGAGGACGAGGGAAAAGAUUGGACUUGGAGUGACGUUAAGUAAUGAAUCAGACGGUGUCUGGCUUUAUAAUCGUUCAACAGCACCAGCAUUUGCACAUUCAUCGACACUUUGCGAUAUUGAUUCCAGAACCAAAACCGUACAUAAAGUGCCACCUGGCCACUGUCUUCGUGUAUUUGAUCCCCUGAAAAUCAACGAAUCCAUCUUGUGGCCAUCACCGAUACGUGGUUUUCCAAUCGGUCCCGUCGAUAUGCAUAGUGUACGAAUAAGUUUUGUUAAAGGCUGGGGCCCUAAUUACACACGACAAGACGUCACUGGCUGUCCUUGUUGGCUUGAAGUCUUACUCAAUCGCAACGGUCUUCCUUGUCGGUGACACAUUACGUACAAUUUUGAAAAUUAAUUUUUAAAAACAAGAAAAGAAAGAAAAUGAAAAAUAAACUCCAAAAGUGUAAAAAUUGUUAUGAAAGUGUCUCAAGUCCAAUCGUUUUGUUCGAGAAUCAAUGAACAAUUACAAAGUGUUAUAAACAAUAGAAACACACAAAUGAAGUUUUAUAUAAAUGAAAAGACUGUCAAAUCAAGAGAAAUUCAUUACGGAAGUUGAAAUACGGAC